AUGUGGCUGAAAAGCCUCCUAUUCCUGGCUGGAGUUAUCUUCUCUGUUUCUGAACCUGCCUCCGCAUCUUUCCUUGAUUAUUGCCCAGCCCCAUGUGGUGGUUCCGACAAUCCUUCAUCUGCAUGGACUACCUACAGCGAAAUUGAUACCCUUGCCGCUUGCAAUGAGACCGUGCUUCUGGAUUUCGCGAUCUAUAAUCCUCUCGACCACUCUGAGUCAAGCACCCGGCUCUAUGCCUGUACCCCAGAGUCCAAGAGAACCGAAAAGCGCGGCCAAUCCAAGUCUCAAAGCUGCCCGACAACCAACACAACAGACGCCGUUAUGGAACUGGCUUGGUCUGGUUCCCGCAACGCGGAUAAGCUGCCUGCCGUGCUGGAUGCCCUAGAGCAAGUCCGAAAGCGAAUUUCCGGUAGCGGAAGCUGCGAUACGGAGAUAGUGUUUGGCUAUUCCCAGGAGACUGCAGUGGGUGUCUACAUUGGCAGCAAAGUCGAGCAUACACAGAUCGCGGAGUCGCAGGCCCAGAAGUUCAUCGAACACCUCGAACGCAACGGUGUCACUGACCAGACCAUGAUUCAGCAUUGCGGAGUCGAUGCGGACUACACUGUUGGAAUUGUUGCCGACACGACUGGGGACCUUGCUGCCGUGCAGAAAGUUGUGAGAGGUUGGGACAGCGCGCAAUGCGCCACUGGCUACCAGAACAAGGAUCAGUGGUCCCCAGUGCAGCUGAAAGUCUCCGGUACCAUGGUGAUGCAAAAGUCAAUUGGAGCUGUUCAUGUUGCUCGACACCUUCACCCACGGGCCACCUGCUCCCAUAUAAAAGUGGUAUCCGGGGACUCCUGCGGUUCGUUGGCUAAAAAGUGCGGCAUUAGCGGUGCCAAGUUUGAAGAAUACAACAAAAGCAAGAAGAAUCUGUGCGCGACCCUGGCUGUUGGCCAACCAGUCUGCUGUUCCAAAGGCACCCUACCUGAUCUGAGACCAAAACCGGGAAAGGAUGGCUCUUGUGCAGCCUAUACCACGAUAAAUAAAGACACCUGCUCAAAGAUUGCGGUCGAGAAUGGACUCACAAUCAGCAAUCUGGAAGCUUUCAACAAACAAACAUGGGGUUGGGCAGGCUGCAAGCAUCUGGAUAAAGGAGUGAGAAUGUGUCUGAGCAAAGGAUCUCCCCCAAUGCCUGACGAACUUUCAAAUGCAGUCUGUGGUCCUCAGGUUCCGGGCACUAAAAAGCCAGGUAAGGGUAAAAGCCUGGCAGAUCUCAACCCUUGCAAGCUCAAUGCUUGCUGCAACAUCUGGGGACAAUGUGGCGUUACGGCGGAUUUUUGUACCAAGUCGAAAUCCAGCACAGGGGCUCCCGGCACAGCAGCACCUGGAAAAUAUGGGUGCAUCUCAAAUUGCGGGACAGAGAUUGUCAACAAGAAAUCGCCUGAUAGCUGGAGAGUCGUUGCGUAUUUCGAAGCAUGGAACAAAAAUCGACCGUGCAUGACGAUGAGUGUUGAUCGCAUUGAUACCUCAUUAUACAACCAUAUCCAUUUUGCGUUCGCAGAUAUUACCCCGGACUAUCACGUCAAUGUCUCGGCAGUCCAGGAUCAGUUUGAUAUCUUUGUGGACAUGAAAGGGAUCAAGCGGAUUCUAUCUUUUGGUGGCUGGUCUUUCUCCACUGAAUUGGACACCUUCCCCAUCUUUCGCGAAGGCGUCACAGAUGCCAAUCGCCAGAAGUUUGCAAACAACGUCGCCAGCUUCAUCAAAAAACACAAUUUAGAUGGUGUCGACUUCGACUGGGAGUAUCCAGGCGCCCCGGAUAUUCCUGGUAUUCCCCCUGGUAGCAAGAACGACGCUGCCAAUUAUGUCAAGUUCCUCAAGAUGGUUCGCAAGGCUUUGCCCGAAGGGAAGACUGUUUCAAUUGCGGCUCCUGGAUCAUAUUGGUACCUCAAAGGCUUUGACCCCAUCGAGGACUUCGAACCCCUUCUCGAUUACAUGAUUUUCAUGACGUACGAUCUCCAUGGACAAUGGGAUUACGGAAACCAGUGGGCAACGCCUGGUUGCACCAAGGGAAACUGCCUGCGAAGUCACGUCAACCUAACGGAGACCCUCACCUCCAUGAGCAUGAUCACCAAAGCCGGCAUGCCCACGAAUAAAGUUGUCAUGGGAGUGACCCGUUACGGGCGCUCGUUCAAAAUGGCCAAGGCUGGCUGCACUGGCCCGAUGUGCACCUUUGUCGGUCCCGAGUCAGCCGCAGCAAAGGGCCGAUGCACCAAUACUGCUGGUUACAUCGCUAAUGCAGAAAUCGAAGAAAUCAUCAAGGAGAAUCCCACGGCGAAAACGUCGUUUGACAAAGACUCGGAAUCAAACAUUCUGGUAUACAAUCAGACAGAAUGGGUGGCUUACAUGGAUGACGACAUCUGGGGUUUGCGCGACCUGAGAUACGCUGCUCUCAAAUUUGGAGGAGUGAGUGACUGGGCAGUGGACUUGAAGUCCAUGUACACGGUACCUGAAGCCGGUCCCUUCCCAGCGUGCGACGGGAAGUAUGACACUCUCGAGGGCAUAUUGAAGGAUGUCGACAAAAUGCCGGUCUAUUGCGUGAACCCCUACGCCAUGACAGUCCUAAGUAAGGAGUUCAAGUCCUCGUUGAAGAAGUAUCAUGACCUCUUGGACGAUGGGUACGACGGCAAGUUUAAAACUUAUGCGAAAGCCACCAAAGAAUCGAUGUAUUACCAGAUCAACGAUUACAUGACCAGUCGAGCCGACGACCAUUGGACAUGCAAGAAGCAAAAAUAUGUCAAUUGCUGCAGCGACUGUGGCCCCGGGGGAUGUCGUGGUGGCUGCGAUGGCUCCUGCGGCAAAGGCGAGUCCGGCAAUCGAAACGAGACCGUGUCCUGCCCCGACAAGGUUCCUGAACUCUCAAUCGGCAACAAGGCCGACACGGUCUACUGGAUUCUGAAUGACAAAGAUGGUUUUGAAAAAGCAAUCGCGGAUAAAUAUGGCAUCGACCCGGGAUGGCUCGAGUUCGGCAACCGUCGAGUCACUCCGGGCGUGGGAUGCGGCGUUGGCGAAGACCUGAGUUGCGGAAAUUGGUGGAUCGGAUACCCCCAGAGAAAGAAAGACAUCACAAUUCCCAACCCCAAGGAAAUCAUCGGCUCGGCACUGACCAACCUCACGGAGUUCGACAAUAUGCUAUCAUCCGCCGCAACAGACGCCAUGGCGAUGCUCUACGUUGGCGAGACUAGCGACGUGACCACAGCCUCGGAACUCCCCGUGUUCAUGACCGAAUUCGCUGUGAAAUCGAUGAAAAAGGUCGCAGAUGCGGCGGACGAGAUCGAUCGUGACCAUCAAAAGGAGGCCAUCAUUGGCUUCCUCAUGGCCUUCCUGAUGCUGGUACCGGCUCUCGGCGAGGCUGCCGGGUCAUUCGGGCUCACGACAGUCGGUCGCGUUCUGGUAAUGACUGGAGCAGCUGGAGACGCAGCCUUAGGUAUGUACGGGGUUGUGGAGGAUCCCAAGAGUGCCGUGAUUUCUCUUUUCAUCGCCCUGCUGGGUGUGAAGGGGGAGGCUGGCUUCGAGAAAGCCGCAGGAAUCCGGCGUGAAAUGUCUUCCAAAGAAAGCGCGGCAUUGGGCUCUUUCUUUCAGGAAAAAAGCAAAACCCUGCAGUCUGUCCAAAGACGCUGUAUAUAAGGGUCCAUUGACUAUAGAAUUUCAAUCGUCGUAGCAAAUACAUUGCUUUGUCUUUAGAGAUCAAUCCUUAUUUAGCUCCAGAAAAUUGGCAGAUGGGAUCAUUCUUCAGUGGGAAGCGGGGUUGAGCCCUGCAUCCUCUUUUGGUCAGGGCAAGUCACGAGUAUUGCGGUGCCUGAGGUGCCUGAGGUUGUUUUAAUGAUGGCUGACAUUGACUUCUUUCCAGACGAGUUUUGGCUCGCUAAACAAAUCCACUUUACCUACCCAACUUCAUCCGUGUGGAAGUUGACGACGAAAGUCGACAAAAAGAACACGCUUCAAACCCGCCAGCAAUUCAUGGAUAAUCGCUUAAAAUCCACUCCCUAUGGACACACAAGUUCGACUCGACGCGCAUCAACUUCUGUAUCAAG